ACCAAAGCGUCGUUCAGUACUUAAGCAGCGGCGGAGCAAGGAGGCCUCAGCAGAACCGCAGCCAUGGUCGCCAGAGUCGCUCUCCUCCUCGCCUUCGUCGCCGCCGCCAGCGGAAACCCCGCCGCAGGGAAGCCAUGGCACUGGAAGUCCCCGAAGCCCCUCGUCGACGCCCGCGGACCCGCCCCCAAUGGUGGCAGCAGAAUCGUGGGCGGCAUUGAGGCCGUUCCUCACUCGUGGCCUCACCAGGCAGCUCUCUUCAUCGACGACAUGUACUUCUGCGGCGGUUCCCUCCUAUCCAGCGGAGUGGUCCUCACGGGACGCUCACUGCAUGGGACGGGUAGUGCUGGCGCCCACAACAGUGCCGAGAACGAAGCCAGCCAGGUCUCCAUUGUCUCCACCGACUUCUUCACUCACGAGAACUGGAACUCUUGGCUCCUCACCCACGACAUUGCCAUCAUCAGGCUGCCACCGCCGUUGAUUUCAUGGCGCCAGCGGUAUCUCCAACCCGUCCUUCGUCAGGUGGAUGUCCCCAUCAUGACCAACGCCGGACUGGGUGACUCUGCGCGGUCCCUCAACCUGAACGGCAUGGACCUACGGCAUCACUCCUUCGGCGCUCCAGCCGGAAUUCCCUAUCCUAUCCCAGCAACACUGCCGAAAUCCACAGAUCUUGGCAAAAAGGGUGAUGAGCCGAAAGGCUCAACAGUCCCAUCCCGUGGAUGGAAUGUGCUUCCAGCAGGUCAAACUUGCACCUCCAUCCAGUUACUGCUGGAAAAUAUCGACAAGGAAUCAAGAUCAGUGUGCGGUAAAAGAACAAAAAUCAGGGAAGCAAAACUGGAUCACAGUGGAACUAUUAAACAAAAUGGAAGAGAGAAGAAUGUGGAAAAGAAAUGA